CACCGCGCUGCGUCAGCCUACGUCGGCGGUGUCAGUAAACGGGCAAUGCGUUGACGCCAUACAUGUCCUUGCAUAAGUUAUGUUCUUGCAACAUUAACCAUACCCUUCUCAUUGGCAGCAAGGUUGCAUCAUCAGCGCGGAGCAGGCGCACAAGCCCCAGAGUAGCGAAACAACGUUUUGCACACAACCAAGAAACCCAUGAAUGAUACAACAAGCAUUACAGGCCACAAGAACUAGGGGUGCAAUGACCGCGUUGUUGCUGGGAUGCUCGCAGCUGUUGCGGGCGGCGCAGCCCUUCACCAUUAUCUUACUUUUCUCAGCAAAGGAUGUGGUGUCUCACGGAUUACGGGCAGCGGUGAUCGGUAAGUUUGUUAGAUCAUAUAAUCUUGAUGUUGUUAAGUUGAGCUCGCGUCAGGCAAUGGAUUAUCUGCCUAAUCCACUUCCCACUGGCAUCUACCAUGCACCUCCACCUUAUGUCGUGCAUUUCGGGCAAGCUCGCCGCUGCUGCACGGGUAUCGCAAGAAGGGCACCUGAUGCGCUGCGUAUCCGAGAUCACCAGCCGCAUGUGCCGCGCUGCUCCUUGCGCCGGACGCAUAGCGGUCGUAAGACCCAGGCCUACCUCCCGUGUCUAUCUCCUACCACAGCAGAAUGAAUCUAGCAUAGUAUACACCAGCAUGUACUGUACAAUUGUGCACCUAAUAUACCUCUUCC